AUUUCCAGUAUGGACCAUGCUUUUCAUGCCAAUACUUGGAAGUUUAUAAUUAAGAUAAUGCUGACUACAGAUUAUUUCAGAAAACCCUCAAAUUGUGUCGUUUCUUUGCCAAUUCCCUUUUGCACUACACUAAGGAAUUUCUUCCUUUCCUUUCUGAUUCUUGCUGUACCUUGCACCAGCUUUAUCUUCACAUAUACAGUAAGUUUCCUCCAAGCCUAUAUGCUGCCAGGAUUUCUAAAGCAUACCAGGAGGAAGUAGCAGGUACUUUCCUAGUAACCUUGGAUCCACUUGUCAGUCAACUGCUCACAGUCCAGCCUUUUGUGCUUGUGGUUUUGGACAGUAAAUUAGACCUGCCAUGUGAGCUGCAGUUCCCACAAUGUCUGCUCUUGGUUGCUAUCAUGGAUAAACUGCCCUCUCAGUCUGAGGAUGUGCAGUCCCUGUGGUGCACAGAAAUCCAGAUCUCGGAAGCUACAGCCAGGAUAUCUCUACUCAAAGCCAUUUUCUACAGUUUUGAGCAGUGUUCUGGUGAACUCUCUCUACCUGUUCAUGUACCAGGAGUAAAGAGUAAGGGGCAGGCUGAGGAGCCAGUCACCUUGUAUCAUCACAUCUGUAUUCAUCUGUGUACAUUUAUUGCUUCCUUUCAACCCUCACUGUUUGCUGAACUGGAUGCUGCUCUGUUGGAUGCUGUACUCAGUGCGAGUAUGAUCACCUCUUUGUUAGCUAUGGAUGCAUGGUGCUUCCUUGCUCGAUUUGGGACUGCUGAACUCUGUGCACACCAUGUCACCAUAGUGGCUCAUCUGAUAAAAUCAUGCCCUGGAACAUGCUAUCAGCUGAACAACCUAUCAAUCCUGUUGAAGCGUCUCUUCUUCUUCAUGGCCCCAUCCCAUCAGGUGGAAUUUAUCCAGAGAUUUUCCCCCAAAGAAACAGAAAAUCUGUCUCUGUGGCAACAUAUUUCCUUCCAGUCACUAUCUACUGAGCUCAGGAAACAAACUGCAUAUGAGGUCACCAGAGUAGCCACUGCAGAGUGCAGGAAAUGGCUGAGCAGCAGUCGUACUUUGGGAGAACUUGAAUCUCUG